ACCAAAAAAGAUAAAAAAAUUUAAAAAUAAAAGAAAAAAAAUUAAUUUUUUUUCCUUCUUGAAGCAUUAAUUGACCAAUCGGUCCAAAGUUUUUCUGAUCUGUGACUCUCUUCAUGAUCCUUCCUCUCUCUUCUUCUUCUUCUUCUUCUUCCUCUCUGUCAAGCCACCUGCUUCACUAAUCACUCUCCAAAACCCUAGCUCUCUCUACCUUCACCCCAUUUCCCCUUUUUCUAUUUUGAUCUCUGAAUCAAGUCCCCAUUUCCAAUGCCUCAUUGUUGAUCUGAUCCCACAAUUUCCCUCUAUGUGAUGUGAAUCUCCCUCUGCUUCUCUGAUUCGUUUUUUUCCAUCCUCAUUCAAAUAUCUUGUGGAUUUCUGAAGCUACCUUCUUGACACUGUAGACAAUGGUGGUGAAUUUCCAGUGCAGUGUUCUUGUGUUCUUGGCGAUUCUUGUUGUUGGGAAGGCAGAAAUUUACAUUGUCACCAUUGAAGGAGAACCUAUUGUAAGUUACAAAGGUGAUCUCGAUGGGUUUGAAGCUACAGCAAUGGAAUCUGAUGAAAAGAUCGACCCUACCAGUGAAAUUGUGACAUCCUAUGCCCGUCACCUCGAAAAUAAACAUGACAUGCUUCUUGGAAUGUUGUUUGAGAGAGGAUCCUUCAAGAAGCUUUAUAGUUAUAAGCAUCUUAUCAAUGGAUUUGCUGUUGACAUCACACAUGAACAGGCAGAGAUUCUAAGACAUACACCAAUUGUAAAAUCUGUUGAGAGGGACUGGAAGGUUAGAAGACUAACAACACACACACCAGAGUUUUUGGGCCUUCCAACUGGCGUAUGGCCAACCGGUGGUGGCUUUGACAGGGCUGGAGAAGACAUUGUGAUUGGAUUUGUGGACUCUGGGAUUUCUCCACACCAUCCAAGUUUCGCAACAUAUAAUACCGAACCUUUUGGGCCGUGCUUGAAGUAUAAAGGGAAAUGCGAAGUUGACCCUGACACUAAGAAGGAUUUCUGUAAUGGGAAGAUUGUUGGAGCUCAACAUUUUGCAGAAGCUGCUAAAGCAGCUGGGGCAUUUAAUCCAGCUAUUCAUUUUGCAUCUCCUUUGGAUGGUGACGGACAUGGAAGCCAUACAGCAGCAAUUGCAGCUGGUAAUAAUGGAAUUCCUGUGAGAAUGCAUGGCUAUGAAUUUGGUAAAGCAAGUGGGAUGGCUCCCCGUGCUAGAAUUGCUGUAUAUAAAGCUCUCUACAGAAUAUUUGGAGGAUUUGUUGCUGAUGUAGUUGCAGCCAUCGAUCAGGCUGUACAUGAUGGGGUCGAUAUUCUCAGUCUUUCAGUGGGGCCAAAUAGUCCUCCAGCAACUACCAAGAUCACAUAUUUAAACCCUUUCGAUGCAACCCUUCUUUCAGCUGUGAAGGCUGGUGUAUUUGUCGCACAGGCUGCUGGAAAUGGAGGUCCAUUUCCUAAAACUUUGGUGUCAUAUAGUCCAUGGAUAGCAACUGUGGCAGCUGCAAUUGAUGAUAGAAGAUACAAAAACCAUCUGACACUUGGUAAUGGAAAAAUUUUGGCUGGACUUGGGUUAUCACCUGCUACACAUUUAAAUCGAACAUACACAUUGGUCGCAGCUAACGAUGUUCUGUUAGAUUCUUCGGUAAUGAAGUACAGCCCUUCAGACUGCCAAAAGCCUGAAGUUCUAAACAAACGCUUGGUUGAAGGAAAAGUACUUCUUUGUGGUUAUUCAUUCAGUUUUGUUGUUGGAACCGCUUCAAUCAAGAAGGUCUCUCAAACAGCAAAAGCCCUUGGGGCAGCUGGCUUUGUUCUUGCUGUUGAAAACAUUUCUCCGGGAGCAAAGUUUGACCCUGUUCCUGUUGGCAUUCCUGGAAUUCUUAUAACUGAUGUUAGCAAGUCGAUGGAUCUUAUAGACUACUACAACACCUCUACUCCCAGAGACUGGACAGGUCGGGUCAAGAGCUUUGAUGCUGUGGGUAGCAUUGGGGAUGGUUUGAUGCCUUUAUUAUACAAAUCAGCUCCUGAGGUAGCAUUGUUUUCUGCUCGUGGGCCCAAUAUUAGAGAUUUUAGCUUUCAGGAUGCAGACCUUCUCAAACCAGAUAUUUUAGCCCCUGGUUCUUUGAUUUGGGCUGCAUGGUCUCCAAACGGAACGGAUGAGCCGAACUAUGUUGGAGAGGGAUUUGCUAUGAUUUCUGGAACUAGCAUGGCAGCACCACAUAUAGCUGGUAUAGCAGCUCUUGUAAAACAGAAGCAUCCUAACUGGAGUCCUGCAGCCAUCAAAUCGGCUUUGAUGACAACAUCAACGACAAUGGACAGGGGAGGAAGACCUCUUAAAGCACAACAGUUUUCUGAAACAGAAGCCAUGAAAUUGGUAUCUGCAACACCUUUUGAUUAUGGGAGUGGUCAUGUAAACCCAAGAGCAGCUCUGGAUCCAGGACUCAUCUUUGAUGCAGGUUAUGAAGAUUACUUGGGAUUUUUGUGCACAACGGCGGGCAUCAACGUUCACGAGAUACACAACUAUACAAACUCACCUUGCAACUUCACCAUGGGCCAUCCCUGGAAUCUCAACAGCCCAUCAAUCACCAUCGCCCAUCUUGUGGGAAGUCAAACUGUUACUCGCACAGUAACAAAUGUUGCUGAAGAAGAAACCUAUACAAUUACUGCAAGAAUGGACCCUGCUGUUGCUAUAGAAGUGAAUCCUCCAGCAAUGACCUUACUGUCCGGUUCAUCGAGAAAAUUUUCAGUAACUCUCACAGCUCGAUCACUGACAGGAACAUAUAGUUUCGGCCAGGUUCUAUUGAAGGGCAGUAGAGGACACAAAGUUAGAAUACCUGUAGUAGCCAUGGGAUACCAACGAUGAGUUUGGUUUUGGUUAAAUUCAGAAAAAGAAAAGGUAAAAGUUUAUUAUGUGGUUGUAAUAUUCUUUGUAUGUGUUGGAAUAAGCUAAAUAGGAUCUCAGAUGUAAUUUGUCUGAAAUAUGUAUGUGGCUGUAAAGAUCAACUCAGAACAAGGGGGGAGGCUGCUGGUUUCUUCCGCUUAAGUUUUGAUUACUAAUUUGUUUAGUAAUAGAGUUAGAUUUUUGCAUAA